ACAGUGUGCUAUCAAAAUGGGAUCGCAAGAGGUUCUGAUGGAUGCCACCAAACUAGCAUCCUAUAGCGUUAUUCUGCAGAUUUUAUUUCGGGUGCUUACUUUUGCACUGAAUGCGUUUACUUUGCGGUAUGUCUCAAAGGAGAUCAUUGGCAUCGUUAAUGUCCGGCUGACCCUGUUUUACACUACAGUGGUGUUUCUUGCACGUGAAGCUUUUCGGAGAGCCUGUCUGAGUCACUCUGCGCAACAGAGCUGGAGGCACACCAUCCACCUAACCUGGCUGGCGGUGCCCCUGGGCAUUUGCUGGUCAUUUAUCUUGGGAUGGAUCUGGCUGCAGAUUUUGGAAGUUCCAGAACCAGAAGCCAUCCCAUACUAUAAUAUCGGUGUCUGGGCAUUUGGAUUUUCUGCAGUGGUGGAACUUCUAGCCGAACCAUUCUGGGUCCUAGCCCAAGCACAUCUCUUUGUGAAACUAAAGGUAGUUGCUGAGAGUCUUGCAAUAAUCAUCCGCUGUUCUGUCACGGUCAUCCUGGUGCUUUUAUGCCCCCAAUGGGGACUUCUAAUCUUUUCUCUAGCUCAGGUCCUGUAUACCAGUGCACUUGCCUUGUGUUAUAUAGCAUACUUUGCAAGAUUCCUGGGUUCCCUGGAAGCAGAGAAAAAGCCCUUUCCACUUCGUAGAAUGAGGGAAUUCUUGCCCAGAUUUUCUUCUUCCCAGGCAUUCCUAGACUGGAAACAGGCCUGGCUGGCAUGGAGCUUCUUCAAACAGUCAUUCCUAAAGCAGAUCCUGACUGAAGGUGAACGAUAUGUGAUGACUUUCCUAAAUGUGCUGUCGUUUGGGGAUCAGGGUGUGUAUGACAUUGUCAAUAACCUGGGCUCACUCGUAGCUCGCUUCAUUUUUCUGCCAAUAGAGGAGAGCUUCUAUGUGUUCUUUGCUAAGGUCCUGGAAAGGGGGAAGAAAGUCCAGAGCCAAAGAAAGGAGGAGAUCUCCAUGGCAUCUGAAGUGCUGGAAUCACUGCUCAAACUGGUGACACUGAUUGGUCUGGUUAUCAUUGCUUUUGGAUAUGCGUAUUCCCAUCUGGCACUGGAUAUAUAUGGUGGAUCCAUGUUAAGUGGGGGUUCUGGUCCUGUCCUGUUGCGCUGCUACUGUCUAUAUGUUCUCCUGCUUGCUAUCAAUGGAGUCACUGAAUGCUUCACGUUUGCUUCUAUGGGCAAAGAAGAUGUGGACAGGUAUAACUACGUCAUGCUUGGUCUGUCCCUGAGUUUUUUGUGCCUGUCCUACUACAUGACCCUCUGGCUGGGAAGUGUAGGCUUCAUUCUAGCAAAUUGCUUUAAUAUGGGACUGCGGAUCACCCACAGUUUGCUUUACAUUAUGAGAUAUUAUAAAGGAAGCCCUUACCAGCCACUCAUUGGCCUCCUGCCAUCCCCUGUUGUUGUCUGUGUCCUGGCUGUCAGUGCUGCAGUGACUGGCUACUCAGAGGUUGCCCUGUGUUGUGACAAAGGGUGGCUACUCUGUCUGGGCCACAUUGUGGUGGGAGGACUCUGUUUGUUGGUCACACUUGGGGCUGCCGUCUUGUCCGAAAAGAAACUAACACACUUCAUUCGCAGCCAUCUCUUAUCCAGACACCAGAGGAAAGAGCAGUAAUGUGACAGAAUCUGGAAACCUAUCCAGUACCUUCUCCUGUGGUCGGAGCAUGUCAAAAAUAGAGAAGAAAUUACUAUUGACCCUCUGUGGUGCAGAAGGAAUUGGUGCAUUUGGCAUAUGGUUAACUGACUUUGGCUUUAGUUUAUUAACAUUUUUGUACAUUAGGAGUUAAAAGAGAACUUUCUGGAACAAUACAACGAAUCUGUAUUUGCCAAUGGACCAAAAUAUUUUAAUUGCAUUGAAAUGCGCCUGCAUAACAUUCUCCCAAAUCACAAAGGCAUAUAUACAUAUUUUGACAGAUAUUUUUGUUAUUCUUUAAACACCGUAGCAUGAGAAGGAAGAAAGCAAUUUUUUCUUCCCUAGGCCUUUUUCCUGCCACUUUGGACAUUCCUUGGCCAUGACUGUUUAUUCCUUAGCAUUUGUGUGAUAUUGAUUCAAGCUGUGGGGAUAUGGGGUUUGACGUAUUUAAAAAUAAAGCCAAACAAUAUAUUUUAGGCAUAAUGUCGGUAAAUGAAACUAAAUUGAUAGCAUCUGUAGAAUCGUGAUGAUACAAUGAAAGUGAUUGAUGCUGACCCGUUUGAAAGGUUGAAUUGGAGGGGAGCCAUUGUUAAACCCCCCCUCCCCUACAGAAAGCUGGCUAGCACCUGGCUGUGUCAGGAUUUGGUAUGGCUUUACUGUAUUGGUCAACCAAAGGCAACCAGAUUUGCCUUGGGAUAUUGCUACAAUUCAGUAGGUAAAUCAGGGUUUGAUUGGAUUUUGUAUCCCCAAAUCUUUUGCAAAGGAUUUAGUCUGUAUCCAGAUUGUACAAUUCAUGAAUGUACAUACUUGGUGUGAAGAGAAUCUUAGCAAGUCAGACUCUCGUGUAGCACAAAUGCCUUAGAUACACCCAGCUGGCAACACAAGGGAGUGUCUUACCUUAAAUGAACCUUGUGAGAGCACAGACUUAUUUAUUUAUUUGGGUUUAUAAUUUAGUCAGACUUAAUUAUGGGCAUUGAGUCCUUUGGUGGUUAAAGCUUAACUGUGUUCUUUUAAUAUAUAUCUAUGUAUUGUAUGAUAAAGUGGUUCCCUGGAGAAUAUAUUUUUUUUUAUACAAGAUAAAAAGUAAAAUAAUUAUACUAAAAA